AUGGGAAAUGCUCAAAAUUGCAAGUGGAGUUUCUUUCAGCAGGCUUGCAAGGAUGGCACACUUAAAAUUUAUAGGUAAGACGUUACCAGGGAUUGGACUGAGCAGUACUGCAAGCAACUAUAAAAUCAUACGUUGUCUAAGUUAGGGAAAUGGGUGUUGCUGAAUGUACACUACUACUACUACUACUACUACUGCUAGCUAGCUAGCUUAGCUUAACAGAACCCACCACAAUUGUCCGAACGACAGAUAUUCUAGCCAGUUUUCUAAACUAUGCCCCUAAAUCAGUGGCGAUUUUAGCAUGUAAAUCUCGGUGGGGUAAACAAAACAUAAAUUGUGGGGAUGCAUGCCAGUAAAGCCACUACAUAACACAACACUAAACAAUACAUUAAUUACACUAUAACGGUGACAAACUGUGCCAACAAACUGUUUUAGGGCCUACAUAAAGCUGUCACAACAGCAGAAUCCCAACAGCAGUCCCAACACCUUACCACUGCUACACCUGGCUAUCAGCGGAGCCUUGUCUGGCAGCGAAACAGUUCAUUCAGCCUCAUUUACUGCCUUGAAAAAAAACAUAGCUGAUAUGGUUGACUUGCUUAAACAAUUGUGGUUUCUACUGACAUCUGAGAUGUACAAACUAUGGCAUAAGGGGACAACAAGCAGAUAAGAGGCAAUCCGUAAUUUCGAUUAAGACAUUAAUGAGCGAGCUAGUAUGGACGUAGUCAAUAUAACUAUUUGUUCUGCACUUUUGAAAUGUACAAUGACAGAAUUCAGAACAUGGGCCGUUCUUACAGUGUUCUCCCAGUACACCAUGUCUGAACAAUAGGCUAAAUAAAGGGGCCAUUUAAGCAGACAAUGAAAGCUCUUACAAUAUUCGAUAAUUACAUUUCUCUAAAACAGGUUAUAGGCUACAUGUGCACCACCAAGUCAGAACAGUAGGCGAAAUUAAGAGUGAAAAAUAUACCAAAUUAUUAAGGUGAGGCACAUGGGCUACUAACAGCUUACUACACAACAUACAGUUAGUGUUACUUUCUUAGCUACAGUAUACAUAUCUCCCUGGCAUAUUACCUCAUUUAUGCAGCAGCAUACAGUACAUUUUUGGACUCACCUUGUUGUGCAGUGCUCACUUGAACUCAGUCCAAAUGGGCAAAUGUCAUCAAAGUCUGGCAUUCUCUGGAUUUAUGGUGCUUUCAAGACAACUGGGAACUCGGAAAAAACAAGGUCGAAUCAUGAUGACGUCAGUGAUCUUCAGGUCGUAGCUCUAGAAAGAGUCCCGAGUUUCCGAUUUAUAAUUCUGAGUUGGAUGACCGUUCAAAGCGUAUUUUCCCAGUCAGAGCUAGUUUUUUCCAGAGUUCCCAGUUGUCUUGAACUCAUUGAAGUCAGAUUUCCCAGUUCUGAGUUAACAGUUGUUUUGAGUGCGGCAGAAAUCAUGCCGGAUUGACAGUAUUGCCAAUGUUGAAUGUUUAUCAUUUUAAGCUUGGAAAAGAGACCCUUAAACCGAGAAUUGGGACCACACACCCACUCCACUGAAUAGCAGGCUAGUGAUUGCUUUGCAAUGCUUGCAGUUAGCCACUGAUUCCAUCCAAACCACUCAUUGUUGAAUGUGCAAUUUCCAACUUGUUGUGUAAUGUUUUUGUCGAAUGGCCGAUGAGCACCAAUACGUGUUAUCUAUAAUUUCUCUUCAUUAUUUCUCUUCAUAUGACAAGGGUUAGAAAGGAUUUGCCAGUAGAUUGUCGACUUGAUUGAUGAUGACGACGACUGCUAGCUAAGAUUUUGAAAGUAUGAUGUUGACAUGAUCAGUCAAAUCAAAGCUACUGUAGAUAUAACGUGAUUUGAUGUCAUUUUAUCUGUGGCCAAUGACCUUGAGCCUUCUUGGAUGGGCACUUCUAAUGUAACUCUAUGGCAGCACCCAAGGGGCUUGAAUUUUCGAGCUCUACCCUUAGAUUUGGCAGUGAUUUACUGUCUCCAUGAGUGACAGAACACUGAGCCAAUCACGGUGCAACUAGAGAACAUUACCAACCCCUACGCUCCAAAUUUUCCACUGGCUGCCCCACCACCACAGAAAGCACUGAGCUAGGCUGAAACACCUGCAUUUUGGAGCUGCCUUACUCAAGAAAGCAAAAAAUAGACCAUGUUUGUAUGGAGGCUUUAUUAACUCAAUGACAUGUAUUAAUGCCAAAAUAACAUGCAAAACAGGUAACCCCCCUGUUCUUUUGCAUAGAAUGUGGGUCGCCACUGCCCUAAAUGUAACAAGACAUCAUUACAUUACAUUAGCUGUGCAUGGAAGCUUGUACAGAAUCAUCUACAGAAUCAGAGAUGAUCUAUUGUUACAGUGCCACUUGACAAUAGCCUAACUUUAUACACAGUUCAAAAUAGCUGAUGAGCUGCCUAUUAAUAGUAAAGCUGAAAGUGGAUGUAAGGUUGUCUUGUCUACAUUAUGUAUAGCUGCUUAGUACUUACUAUAGACAUUGAUGCCUAUAAAGCAGGGGAUAUAUAUGAUUUCUGAGUUAUGAUGAUGUAUGCCAUUCUCCCACAGAUAUUGGUAUUAACCUAACAGACCCUAUGUUUCGAGGAGUUUACAGAGGAAAUCAAAAACAUAAAGGUAGGUGUGAGUUGAACAUGCAUUUGGGCUACAUAACACUGUCAAAUGAGACAUCUGAUCUGAUAUGUGCAAUAUUUUUACAUUUAAGUCAUUUAGCAGAUGCUCUUAUCCAGAGCGACUUACAAAUUGACAAUAUGCAUCUCUGUUACAUUUACUAGGCUGAUUGGGAAUGUAUUAAGCAUUUCUAACAUAUCUGUACUUGUUUUGGGGCAGGUGACUUUGAUCAGAUAAUUGACCGUGCUGUCAAAGUUGGAGUCCAAAAGGUAAGAUUUGUGUCAAUGUUUAAUUUCAUGUCAACAUCAUAAAUAUAGUAUUGUGUUAAUAGCCUACAUCAGGGCUAUCCAACCCUCUUCCUGGAGAGCUACUGUGCUGUCGGUUUUCACUCCAACCCUAAUCUAUGGCACCUGAUCCUAAUAAUUAGUUGGUUGAGAAACGGAAUUAGGUUAGUUACAACUGGGGUUGGAGUGAAAACCUACAGGAGGGUAGCUCUCCAGGAACCGGGUUGGAGAGCCCUGGCACAUGUUCCUUAACCCUUACAGUUCAUGAUCACGGGGGGAAAUCUUGAAGACAGCAAGGAGGCCCUCAAAUUAGCAGAGUCCAGAGGUAAUGAUGAUGUAUCAAAAUGACUAGGAUUAAAAUGAUUAUUCACUCGUGUUUAAUGCAUUUUGUCAGCGCUAUCAGAGUUAUAACAAUUUAAUUAUGGUCAUACAAUUCGUGUCUAUGCACAGAGGAAUUUUACAGUACGGUUGGAUGUCAUCCAACACGCUGCAGUGAGUUUGAACAGAGUGGACCAGAUCAGUACUUCACAUCACUUAGGGAGUUGGCAACAUCAAACAAGGGCAAGGUGGUGGCCAUUGGAGAAUGUGGAUUAGGUAGGUUGGCAGCCAUAUAUUGUCAUCAUCUCCAACUCUUAACAGUCCCUGUUAUACAUGUAUAUUUUAGUGUUGUUUACAGUUUCAACAUACUGGUACAUGUACAAUAAAUGUGUCAAGUUAUUUAGCCCACUAUAUGCCUCUACUCUCAACACAACAGAUUUUGACAGGUUGGAAUUCUGUCCAAAAGAAACUCAAAUGAAGUGAGUUACCUUUUUAUUUUAGAAGAAUGUUUAGAGACUGCACCAAUACAAAUAAUGUACUGCACUUAACAGAAGGAAAAAUUGAAAAGUUAAGAUUAUAAAUGCAUCAAACCACUUUUUCCCUGUGACAGGUAUUUUGAGAAGCAGUUCGACUUGGCUGAGGAAACCAAACUGCCAAUGUUCCUUCACUGCAGAAACUCGCAUACGGAUUUCCUUGGUAUGUUUGUUGUCUCACACAUGUACAACAUCGGCCUCUUGAUUCCAUGACAAUGGCUAAUGUUUUGUAUUGUCAUUUUUUUAUUGGCAGACAUCAUGAAGAGAAACAGAGACAGAUGUGUCGGAGGUGUGGUAAGGAAAUGUCUCAGACGUUAUUUUGUAGUUGGGAACCAUUCAUGUAAUGAAUACAUUAUUUCCCCUUGACCCCUAGAAAAGUUAUAAAUCAGAGUGUCAUUGAAUGCUUUUCAAAUCUACCAGGUCCACUCUUUUGAUGGAACUAAAGAAGAUGCUGCUGCCCUUAUUGACCUGGAUCUAUAUAUUGGCAUAAACGGCUGGUGAGAUCAUUUUGAGAUUGAGAAGUUAUUAUGCAGAAUACGCACCUGUGUAAAAAUUGUCUAUUUCAUUCCAAAUCUUUGUUUUUGUUCUCUCACCAUUUCAGUUCUUUGAAAACAGGAGCAAAUAUUGAAGCGAUGAAGUCCAUUCCCAGUGAAAGACUGAUGAUUGAGACAGGUUUGUGACCCUGCUGAGAAAAAGUGCUUAUAUUAAUCUGUGUCUCAGCUUGCUUCAGAACAUUGGGAGAAUGCUAGUUUGAGUGAAUGCUCUCCUCACAUUUCUAGAUGCUCCAUGGUGUGGGGUGAAGAACACUCAUGCGGGGGCCAAGCACAUCAAAACUACAUUUCCCACAAAGAAGAAAUGGGAGGCAGGACACUGCUUGAAGGACAGGAACGAGCCCUGCCAUAUCAUGUAUGUCAGUUGGUUCCUAGGUUGAAAGGGAAUGUACAAUAUCUAGGGGUCUCGUUAGCAUAUAGUAUGUUACAGUGAUGACCCAAUUUAGACUUGUUCAUUCGUUCACGCUAAUCUGAGCAUAACCAGCUGAAUUAACUGCUGAAUUGAAUUGAUUAGCCCUGUGAUAACUCAUUGUGUUGUUGUUCAGGAUGAUUUGAGACUUUUUGUAAUAUCAAUAACUUUUUUACCUUUGUUCCAGACAAGUGCUUGAAGUCAUGGCUGCUGCAAGGAAUGAGGAUCCUGUGGAGAUGGCAAACAUAAUUUACAACACCACUAUGAAUGUGUUCUUUACUGGAAGCUGAUUACAUUUCCUAAAAUACAUUUUCCCUGACCUAAUUUGAAAAAGCCUUUUGCCCUUAGGGAAGAGCAUUUCAUGCUACUCUUCAAGAGUAGUUUAUGUUUACACCAUCUGCCAACAGGGUCCAACUGCUCAUGUUAGCACUUGCUGGUAUCAAUCUGUGAAGUCCUCAGAAAUGCCUUAUCGCCAACUUUGCAUGGCUUAGGAAAGUUCCUUCAAUUAGAGUCAAAGAAGAAAUAAAAUACUCAUAACCAAAUAAAAAACGUUUUUUCAUAAUGAAUUCAAGU